AUGCCUCAAGAUACCACUAACCCCUCACAGCCCAUCUCCAUCAGACCCCGAACCGCACAAGACCUCCCAGCAUGCAUCUCCAUCCUCCGCCGCGUCUACAGCCUCGACAAAUACCCCAUCCAAGGCACCUCCAACGCCACAUCAUUCCUAGCCUUCGCAACACUAGAACAAGCCUUCGUAGCAACCACCUCUGAUGGCAUUAUCAUCGGCCACGUGGCCAUCGGCACAGCCAGUGACGAUGAUGUCGCAGUGAAGCUGUGGCGUUCGCAGCAUCCUGAGACAGAAGUGGCUGUCUUGGAGAGGCUCUUUGUUGAUCCUGAUAGUCGGGGGUCGGGAGCUGCUGCGAGAUUGAUUGAGGCUGCUACGGCGUGGAACAAGGAGUGGGAGCGGAGACUUGUUUUUUUUUUGUUGUACAGGCGGUUGGGGUGGGUGCAGUUUGGAGUGGGGAGCUAUGCGUAUGGUGAUGGGGAGAGUAUGGACGCGCUGUGUUUUGUGAGCCCUGCGUGA